GCGAGAGCUGUGGUGGAGGAGGAUGGUUCCUCCUCCACCGAAGAGGUGUCGCCUGCGGGAGAGCAGCAGCGAGCCGGAGCCCGAACCCAUGGAGGUGGAUCCCGUCGAGAGCGACGACGUCGAACCCAUGGAGGUGGAUCUACCUCCCGAAGAGGAGCCUAUGGAGGUGGAUCCGCCUCCGCCAGGGCCGGGCGGGCACUAUAAGACCAUGCUCGCCCGUCGUCGUCGCUGGCUCCGGGAACGGCGCUCCUGGGGCUCUCGCUUUUCAUCCAGGCGUUGACAGGUCACCGUCCGCCCGAGAGCCCCUGCUGCUGCUCCCCGCCCCCCUUUCCCUCCCGUCCCCUCUUCUUUCCCUAACUCUGAGGAGAAGGGAAGAACCGGCACCGGUACGGGCCUCCUGAGCCGCCGCGCCACGACGACAGGCGGAGUGCGGCGUGAGAGGGAGCCCUGAACAGGAGGGGCGGACUGGGACCGGCGUCCUCUGCGAGCGGAGCCGCUCCCAACAGCGGGAGGACCGCGAAGGACCCCGCGCUCCCUGCGGCCUCCAGGCGGUGCCAGAGAAGGUACGGAAGCGGCUGUUGCCGUGGGGAAGCGGGAGGCUGUGCGUGGGAUGCGAAGGCGGAACGGCUGUUGCAGGUGCUCCGUGAGGACUCUGCUUCCACGAAGGCAGCCGAGGAACAAGGAAAGGACAAUGACCAAAGAAUGUUGAACAAUAAAACGUCAAACACGAGUCAAGCCAGAAA